GCGGCACUUCCUCGAGGCCGAGUAACCAAGCGGGAGCAGCGCGCGCGGGUCGGAAGUCUCAUUCCGAGAGAGCGAGAAAAAGAAAUAAAACAAUAAAGCAACAACAAGUAAACACUGUCAAAACUUUGCGCAUAUGGACCACUACACAAAUCACUGAACUGCGGAUCGAUAAAGCAGCGCUAGGGCUGAUAAAUAAGCGCGCAUAGGGCGGAUUGAGGAAGAGUUAGCCGCCGCCGCCGCUGCUAACGCGCGACGCUAGCGCCCUGAUUCAUGACUGACUGAUUUCAGCGGCUUUUCGGCUAUAAACCGCGCUUUCCGUGGCCGCUCGGACUCAGAGGCGUGCGCGGCGUCGGCGGGGAGCGUGUUAGCGAGUCGCAGCGGGCGGUUCGUGUGGUUUUCGGCGGCCGCUGGGCUCGAGGCCUGCUCUAUGAGGAGUUAGUGGAGCGGCUCAGGCGGACGGGUCAGGACUCAUCAGGCAGGUAUAUUCACAGGUGUGCAGGUAAACGGGGGAAGAUGUCGGCCCAGGCGCAGAUGAGGGCCAUGCUGGACCAGCUCAUGGGCACUGGCAGAGAUGGAGACACGAUGAGGCAGCGGAUCAAGUUCACGGACGAGCGGGUGUGUAAGAGUCACCUGCUGGAGUCCUGUCCUCAUGACAUACUGUCUGGAACCCGCAUGGACCUCGGGGAGUGCGUGAAGAUCCACGACCUGGCUCUGAGAGCGGAUUACGAGAUCGCCUCUAAACAGCAGGAGUACUUCUUCGAGCUGGAUGCCACGGAGCACCUGCAGUCUUUCAUCGCCGACUGCGACCGCAGGACCGAGCUGGCUAAGAAGCGGCUGGCUGAGACGCAGGAAGAGAUCAGCGCUGAAGUGGCCGCUAAGGCGGAGCGUGUGCACGAGCUGAACGAGGAGAUCGGGAAGCUGCUGGCGCGAGCGGAGCAGCUCGGCGGCGAGGGCAACGUGGAGGAGGCGCAGCAGGUGCUGGAGAAGGUGGAGAAAACACGCACCCUGAAGAAAGAGGCAGAGGACGUCUACCGUAACUCCAUGCCGGCCUCCAGCUUCCAGCAGCAGAAGCUGCGCGUGUGCGAGGUGUGCUCCGCCUACCUCGGUCUCCACGACAACGACCGCCGCCUCGCCGACCACUUCGGGGGGAAGCUUCACCUGGGGUUCAUCGAAAUCAGGGAGAAACUUGAGAAGCUGCGGAAGGCUGUGACGGAGAAGCAGGAGCGCAUGCGCAUGAAGAGGAGAGAGGAGCGCGACAGGGACGAGGAGCGAGCCAGGGAGUGGGAGAUGGAGAGAGAGAGGGAGCGCGAGCGGGAGAGAGAGCGGGAACGGGAGAGGGAGCGCGAGCGGGAGAGAGACAGAGAGCGGGAACGCCGGAGGUCCAGAUCCAGAAGUGGCGAGCGAUAUCGGGAAGGAGGCAGCUCGUCCUCCCAUCGCUCUCGCCGGCACCGUGAGGAUGGAGAGAGGGAACGAGACCGGGAGAGGAAACACAGACACAAAGAGCGCCAUCGCUCUCGCUCUCACUCACACAGGAGCAAGAGAAAGAGCAGGUCCUCACACACCAGAGAGCAGGAGCAGCCUCUGUCUCAGGAGAGAUGGCGGGAGAACGCCGCGGACGAGAGAUGGUGGGACAACGGCCGCAGGGACAUGGAGAGGGAGCAGUCCCCCGUCUCCCCAGACAUGAGCCGGAUGAGAGAGCGGGAGAGAUCCGUGUCUCUGGAGAGAGAUCAGCGCUCCAGCUCCGAGGAGAGGGAGUCCGGAGAGAUCUAGAUACUUUACGUACUGCAGCUUCCGAUCCCUGCACUGAUCUGUCAAUAACUGGACCAGCUUUCCGUCCGGUUACUCUUACGUCAGUAGAAGCUCCGCAGCUACAGAGAGGAAGCCAGUCACAGAUUUCUCACGUGUGUGUGUGUGUGUGUGAGAGAGAGAGUGUGUGUGUGAGAGAGAGAGACCAGCAUCAUUAUUUGAGAUACAGGUGACACCUCAGACAGUUACACACUUUGACCUAGUUGAUCCAAACUAGUCCGCAAACCAAAAGAGAGCAUUUGACGGAAGUGCUGUAAAGGGAAAGAGUGCAUUUAGAAGUAGUUUAUUUUUUAUGUUGCAAAAUAAGAGAGGCGGAUGAAGGAGAACCUGCAGGAAUAUAAAAUAGUUUUCAUCUUUUUUAACUGGCUAUGUUCAUUUUUAUUUUUCCUUUUUUUUUUUUUUUUUUUUUUUAAUUAAAAGCUCCUUAAAUGACUAUUUUGAUGUGGAUAAUUAUUUUCUCAUGUUUUUCAUUUGAUAUGAAUAUAAACUGAGCUGAACUGAGCAGUAAACCUGGAUUACAAUGUGAUUGAUUUUUUUGUUUUGUUUUUUUCCUCCGCAAACACCAAACCAUUUUUGUCCACACACACACACACACACACACACCGGCACAGGUUUGUAGCUCCGCUCACAUUUAUUUCUCACGGUACCACGGCGUGUGUGAGUUUCUCUUGCCCCCUUUUUCUCACUCUUUGGUUUUGCUGUGUUGAGAGGUUGUCUUGAAACUUCAUCUUGCCUUGUCAUUUAUGCUAUGAAAUAAUAAAUCUCUUGCUUUCAUUGUUUAAA